AUGGAGCAAGUUGAUUGUGUGCAGGAAGGCGUCUCGACAGAGCGUGCAUUUGAGGCAGAUCCAAUCCCAUCAUUGUCAGAGACCAUAACACCACGAUCAAUAGUGGUUAGCUUUAUCCUUGGUGUUGCCCUCUGCGCCGUCGCCAUGAAGAUCAGCCUAAGCUCAGGCUUCGUCCCGUCACUCACCGUCCCAGCUGGCCUCAUCGGUUUCUACCUCAUCCGGGCAUGGUUCCGCGCUCUUGAUUGUUUUGAAUUGCCAUACCAACCAUUCACUCGCCAAGAGAAUACCGUCAUUCAGACAUGUGUUGUCGCCUGCUCUGCCAUUACAUUCAGUGGAGGGUUUGGUACAUACAUCCUCGCAAUGGGCAAGAAUGCAGCAGGAGGAGACACGAAGGAUGAGAAGAAUAUUAUUGAGCCGAGCAUUGGCCGAUUGAUUGCUUUUCUCUUCCUUGUUAGUUUUUCUGGCUUGUUCAUCCUCAUGCCCUUCAGGAAGGUCAUGAUCAUUCGGCACCGGCAACAAGUGAAGAUGUUGUUUAGUUCAUUUGGGGGAAGCGUAUUGUGGAACAUCUUCCAGUGGUUUUUCACUGCUGCAAAGGACUGUGGCUUCAAAGUAUUCCCUAUAUUUGGCCUUGAGGCGUAUAAACAUGGAUUCUAUUUCGACUUUUCCAUGUCUAAUAUUGGCAUCGGUAUGUUGUGCCCAUACAUCAUCACUGUCUCCAUGUUCAUUGGGUGUGUUAUCUCAUGGGGGAUCAUUUCACCGUACCUUGCAACGAAGGCGGGUAUCUGGUACCCUUCUAACAUGAGCUCUAGCAGCCUUAACGGCAUCAGGGGCUAUAAGGUGUUCAUCGGAGUGUCCAUGAUACUCGCUGAUGGCCUCUUCAACUUCCUAUCAAUUGUGUUAUGCACAUUGUACUCCAUGUGCCAGCGGCGCAAGCAACCAAUGCAAGGUGAUAAUGAAGUUGAUAGUGACACGCAGUUGCCAUUCCACUGCCUCAAUGCUGCUGAGCUACAAAAGACAAAAAAGAGCUUCGGUGAUCGUCGUAGGGCACAGGUGUUUUUACGGGACCAUAUAUCCAACUCGGUCAACAUUAUCUGUUACAUCCUCCUAUCGGUGGUCUCCACCAUUGCCAUACCGUACCUCUACCCGCAGAUGAAGCACAUCCAUGUUGCUCUCAUCUACCUUGUUGCACCGGUCAUUGCCUUUUGUGAUGCCUAUGCAUUUGGUGUGACCGACAUGAACUUGUCGAGCACUUAUGGCAAGCUUGCUAUGGUCCUCAUCGGUUCAAGUGUUGGUCGUAACGAUGGUGGUGUGAUUGCUGGCCUCGUCUCCUGUGGGAUCGUGAUGGGGGCAAUGUCUAAUAGCAACAACCUGAUGCAAGACCUAAAGACAGGGUACUUAACGCUAACCUCACCACACAUCGUGUUCAUCAGCCAGGCAAUCGGCACAGCAUUCGGGUGCAUCAUCAACCCGGUCAUGUUCUGGAUCUUCUACAAGGUGCAAAAUGGCGACACUGACAUCUUUGAUGCGCCCUAUGCCCGAGUGUACCGCAGCAUCGCCAUGCUGAGCGCUGGCCAGAACGCGCUACCUAUGCACAGCUUGUGGCUCUGCAAGCUCUUCUUCGCACUAGCGCUGGUGCUUAGCAUGUUCCGAGAGGUGGCCACAUGGAAGCAGUGGCGUGUGGCACAGUACAUUCCGAGCACCAUCUGCGUGGCCAUCGCCAUUGUAGUGCCGGCACGCAUACCCAUUGACAUGUUCGUGGGGAGCUUGGUGUUGUACUUAUGGCGGUGGGCCAACCCUAGCAAGGCACCGGCGUUCUCAAUGGCGGUGGCAUCAGGGAUGGUCUGUGGGGACGGGCUGGGGAUGCUACUAUCGUCGACAAUGGCACUCACACAAGUGCGGGCACCCCUUUGCAUCAAGUUCUUGUCUCGUACCGAUAAUGUAAAAUUGGACGCCUUCUUAGCUACACUGCCUAUGACAUAG